GAAACGUCACAAUCUGUUGAAUUGUGGGAGCGAUGGUCCUAUGCGAGCUUUGUUUACGAGCGAAUUCGGCUGAUUCUUGAAUGUUUCACUUUAAAAUACGACGAUUUGUAGAUCUACUAGUAAAAGAAAUAGGCUAAUUUGUAACUUUAGUAUAUUUAGAUGUAGUUAAAGCUGUUCAGCUUUAUUAAGGAAUUUGAAUCAUAUACGAAAACUUUAGCAACGCUUCUUUAGGAGAGGAUGCCUUCAGCUGCACGCCAGAAACUUCCUGCAGAUUUAUGGCGCCAGGGACAGCGCAAAUAUACAAGUGUGAAUUCCAGCUCACUUUUUCAGAAUCAAGACAUGCAGGCCAAUCCUGGCCAGUUUGAUGUUAUUGAAGAAAAGCUGCGCCCUAGUAACCACAGGAUACCUCAUAAAUCACAAAAAAGAUCAUUUAAUGGUAGAGGUAGUCCUAGGGCUCUUCCUCGAGGAGGUAGCACAGAUACAUUGAGCAGUUUAUCAGAUUCUGAAAGUAAUGUCAGUCAUUGCAAUAUUGAUUUUCUGUCUCGUUCAGCAGAAUCUGACAGUAGCCUCAGUUCCAAUUCAUCUAGAAUCUGUAAUGCUUAUGCAAUGGAAUCGUCCAUUGCUCCACACCCAAGCCAGCUACCGUUACCUCCUUUAGAAUGGUUGCAGUCAACAUUGAUUCCUUCAUCUCCCAUUGUUGGUAGUGUUGUCUCUCUCCAAGGACUUCUGAGCUGUCAAGUGGCUGCAUAGAAAGAUCAGGAUAUUUUGAAGUUAUAUUAAAAAGAAAAGACUUGUAUUGAUGGACAACGAAUUAUGCUUAUGAUUCAACUUAAAUGACUGUGACUUAACUCUUCUUGACUUCCAAUUGGACCAUUGUCAGAAUUUCAACUUGCCUUAAAAGUUAUUUCAAUAGAAAAAAAUGUAUUAAGCUAGAAAAAAAAACGUUAUAGUUUUAUACUAGGAAGACCUCUGUUCGCACAACUGUAGGUUUUUUUUUUUUAAGAAAUAUAAAUUUAAUGGUAAUAGUAAAAAAAAAAACAACCUAAAUCCUUAUAUUUUUUUCCCUUGAACUCCUUGUGGUAAUAAGUCAGUUUUUUGUCAUAAUGUUCCUUUGAUUCUACUUUGAAAUCUUGUUGCUAAUACUUGAAUGUGUUCAUGUGAAAUAUGUGACUUAUUUUUUUAUUGCUAUGUAGCUAGAGUAUUUUGUUGUUGUAAGAAUUAUAAGAUGAAUUUUCUUUAGGCUGACCCUAGAAUCAAUUUUUUUUUUUCAGUUUCAUUUUGAUGGCGAAAGCAUAUAUAGGUUAUUUAUUUAUUUAUUUUAUUUUUUUUUUUCCUGUUUUCAAAUUAUAAAUUGAAAAGUCCUUGUUUUUAUAAAUAUUUGACAUAAACCCUACAAAGAUGUUGAUUUAGCAAAUGUAGCCAUUUUCCUGAUUUGUAACUGUACUUUUAGACAGCACUUUACAUGCUGCUACAAGUCUCUUUUAGUCAGAAAUACUUUGGCUUUAUUUUAAGAAUAGGUUCUUCUUGUUUAAUUAUGAUUUUAAUCAACAAUUAUGGCUGUGUGUUAUGUGAAAGUGUAAUUUUCCAGCUCACAUUCCGCAUUUGUUAACAAGUAACUCAUGUAGAACUGGUGUUAAACCAGCUACAUUUUUGUAAUGCAAAAUAGUUUGCAAUAUAUAUGAACUUUGCACUUGUAUAUGUGCAUCCUCUUACUGUGCAAAUGCGGCUGUUUCGAGUGACAAGAAGAAGACAUUUGUUAAUAUUGUACAUUUUCAGAAGGGAAUUUUUAUAUACUUCAUUUACUUUCAUUCAUCAAUGCGGCCAGUUGUAUUGUUGGUGAUUGCAUUUGCAAUGUUACAGUAGAAUGGCAAAACUAAGAGUAUUAUUAUUGUAUAUAUGCAUUUUAAUGUGAAAAAACAAAAUAUUGUUUAUUAGCAGCACUAUUGUGUUGCUUGUUUUGUUUUUUCAUGAUAAAAUGCUUAUUUUAAAUCACAUCAAAGUAUUACCAUUGUCUAGUUGUUAACAGUGUGUGGAGAAAACAAAUGAGUAAAUAAAAAAAAUAACAAAAGAAAAAGUUCUGGAAGUAAAUUUUAGUCUGAAAAAAAAAAAAAAGUAUAAAAAAAAAAAACAACAAUAAA